GAACUCCUCACCCGGUACAGCCUGAGCUGUUCUCACAGCGGGAACUCCUGAAGGGCUGUUGGGAAAGCAGGGCAGUUCUGGGCCGUUUUUCCCUGGCAGAUGCUGACGUAUCAUCCCAUGGAGCUGCUGGGGACCGGCUGGGUGCUCCUUGCAGGGCUGCUGGUGCCUUUGCAACAGGCUGCAGAAAUCUUGGAACCCCUCAAGAGUAAAGUUGCUGCUGUGGGAUCACCAGUGCUGCUUCCUGGGCUGGGUAAUGUCACUCAGGUCUACUCCAUGCAGUGGGAAUAUCUCAAUGGCACCAGCUCCCACACCAUCCUGCAGUACUACAGGGGGUCCCACAGCCCAGCCAUCCACGCAUCCUACACAGGACGAGCUGUUUUCCAUCCAUCCAAUGGAUCUCUCCUGCUCGAGGGUGUCCAGGAAAGUGACAGUGGCAUCUACAAAGCAACUGUCAACAUGGGAGAGAGGGAGAGCCUGAAAAUCCUGCUGGAAGUCCUCAAACCCGUGUCUCGCCCCCAGCUCCGGAGCAGUUUUCUCAUGACCCAGGCCACCGGCGAGGUGCUGUGUGAGGUGGCAGAGGGGAAGGUGGACACCAUCACCUGGAAGAAGGACGGGCAGCCCCUGCCCCCGGACAGAGGCUUCCUCCUCUCCAGCAGCCGCGGCGUUCUGUACCUGAGGUCAGCGAAGAAAUCGGACUGCGGCUCCUACUCCUGCAACGCCAGCAAUGGGAUAAGCUGGGAAGAAACCUCCCUGAACAUCACGGUUGCAGGUCUCUCACCUCCCUUGCAGGAUGUGCUGAGGAUCGCAGUGGUUGCUGUGGUCUUUGCUGCUGUCUCAGCAUGGGGACUGAUCAUUCCCGUCUGCCAGUCUGAAAAGCUCCGGAUAAGGGGGGAACUAUGGCGAUGGCUCAGCGCCUACACCUGCGGGCUGGUGUGCAUUGCCUCCAUCCUGGCUGGCACCGCCGGUGGCCUCUGGAUGCGAGAGGAAGGCCCUUCUGUUGCAAUCAUAUUGCCAGAGAUUGCCCUUACAUACAUCACGGUGGUAACCUUCGUGGUCUCCACCACUGUAACCUUCCAACCUACAAAUCUCACCCAGCUGAAAAGCAAAACAGCGGAGCGCACAAUGGGCUACGCUGCUCCCGGAGGAGUGGUUGUGGUGGUGCUGAUGACCAGCUUCCUCAUCAAGAACAUCCACCAUCGCCACGAAGAAGGAUGCACGGACUUCAUGGAUGUGACCAUCCUCACAGUCAGCACAGCGGCCGUGUCGGCCCUCCCGCUCCUCGCCAUCUUCCUCUGCUAUCACACGACUCAGGGGCAGCUGAAGGAACGCGACACCUGUUGGGCAGACAUGGAGAGGUCCUUUGAAAUGUCCCAGCGCAGCAGCAAGGAUGCUCUUUCCACCCAUUAGAGGUGGGUCUGGGUGUUUCUCACUUGGCUGAGUCAACUCCAUCUUCCUCCCAGGUUUAAUAGGUUCUCAGUUUCAGUGGAUUUCAGCCUCUGGGAUGCCUGCAAUAAAUAGCAAUGAAAUGAA